AUGAGCGGAAUCUUGGGGCCCAGCGGCUGCGGGAAGAGCACGCUGCUGGAUGUGCUGCGGGGCAAGAGGCCGCUGCAGGGGCGGCGGCGGCGGGCGCAGAUGGAGGGGCUUGCACGGCCGGAGUGGUCCGGCCGCGGCCAUGUCAGCUACAACGGCGUCCCAGUCAGCGGCCUACCGCUGCACCGCCUGAUCGGGUACGUCCCCCAGGACGACCUGCUGCACCCAGAACUCACAGUAGAGGAGAACCUCUACUUCUCAGCCGCCCUGACGCUGCCAGCCGGCGCCCCGCGCGCCACGCGCGCCGCCGCCGUCUCCGACGCGCUGUCGCUGCUCUCCCUCGGCCACGCGGCGCGCGCGGUCGUCGGCGGGCCGGAGCGGCGCGGCGUGAGCGGCGGGGAGCGGCGGCGCGUGAACAUCGGGGUCGAGAUUGUGGGGCGGCCGAGCGUGCUAUACCUAGAUGAGCCGACCAGCGGGCUGGACGCCAGCGCUUCCAUAAGCGUGGCAUGGGGGCUGCUGUCAUUGUCGCGGCUGGGCAUGACUGUGGUGGCUGUACUGCACCAGCCGCGGUACGCGCUGUUUCGCCUCUUCCAGCAAGUGCUGCUGCUGACCCCCUCCCGCGAGCCCGCGUUUGCCGGCCACCCGGCCCUGGCGGCCCCAUACUUCGAGACCCUCGGCUUCCGGCGGCUGCCCGCCGAGAAUCCCGCCGACUGGCUCAUCGACAUUGUGGCCGGCCGCGCGCCCCGCGAGCUCGGCGGCCGCCGCGGCGGCGGGGGCGGCGGAAGCGGGGGGGACGAGGGGGGAGAGGGGGAAGCUUCAGGGCAUCUGGCGGCGCUGGAGGACUCCCUUGACCUACCAGAGCUGUGGAGGGGCAGCGGUGCCAG